UGUUUAAAUUUAAACUAUUAUUAUAAAAGCAUAGCAUCACUUUCGUUGUCGAUGCCACCAUGUACGUUCCUCUCGUCGCUCUUAUUUUAGUAACCGCAGUUGCCACACCUGUGGAAGACUUCUCCACAGCUACCAAUCUCUUCGCUGCUGACAUCUACACCGAGCAAAUACAACUAGAAACCGGAAACACCGUCGUGAGUCCCUUUUCCGCUUCAGCGGUUCUAGCUCUUGCACAAUCCGGCGCCAAAGGGGAAACCGCGGAAGAACUAAAACAAGUUCUUCACCUACCACACGACCAAACGACAUUAACAGCGAUCCAAACAUACCACGAACUCUUCAACGAAAGCAAAUCGGUCUUCAGUGCCAAUAGAAUCUACGUCAACGAAGACUUCAAACUUAACGUCGACUUUCAACAAACCGCCAGAGACUUUUUCGGAAUUGGGGUUGAAAAUGUGGACUUCUCGCGGAAUGAAGAAGCUGCUGACACUAUUAAUAAGUGGAUUGAGGGUCAUACUAGUCACAAAAUCGGGGAUUUAGCUAAAUCGUCGAGUCUAUUUAGUAGUACUGCAGCGGUUUUGGUAAACUCGUUGUAUUUCAAAGGCUCAUGGACAAACAAAUUUGAUAAAACUAAGACGAAGAAGAGGGACUUUUACAAGACGCCUUCUGAUGUGGUGCAAGUCGAUACCAUGUUCGAUAAAAACCAUAGGUACUAUAUUGCUAAAAGCGACGUGCUCAAAGCCACGUUCCUGGCCAUGCCUAUCCAAGAGUGUCUCUGUUUCUUCAUAAUUGGUCUUCCGGAUGAUAAAGACGGUCUGGAUUUAUUGGAACAACGGGCUCAUGAAGUUUUCACGAAAAGAGACUUUGUGGAGCAGAAAGUGAACUUGUAUUUGCCAAAAUUCAUGGUUAAGAACGACAUCGACUUUACGGAAAUUCUUAAAAAGUUAGGGGUUACUAAGCUGUUUAGCGAAGACGCUGAUCUGAGUGGCAUUGUAGACCAAGGUGGUCUCCACGUAGACGAAGUUUUGCAGAAGUCUUUCUUUAAUGUUGAUGAGAAUGGGAUAGAAGCUGCUGCUACUACAUUGCUGGAUGCUACCUGGGCUUCGCUUGAUCAAGACACUCCUACGGAUUUUGUGGCAGAUCACCCCUUCGUGUUUUAUAUCUGGAUGAAUAAUGUGGUACUCUUUGCUGGACGAGUGUUGGAUCCGAGUCAGUAGUCUGCUUGCUUAACUUAGAAUAUGUUGUGUAGUUGUUCUUUAACUUCUCUCUUUUAAUAAAUCAUAGUAUGAAAUAAUAA